AUGCCUCCUCCCCCUCCUCCUCCCCCCUCCGCCGCCGCCUGGGGGGCAAGCCUGCCAAAUCGACCAGGUAAAGGAGAAGUCAAGGAUAGGGGCGCGCUCUUAUCUGAUAUCCACAAAGGUACUCGGUUGAAGAAGGCAGUCACCAAUGAUCGAUCAGCCCCAGUAGUUGGCAAAUCUGCGGGAGGCUCUGGGGGUGCCCCUGUCGGUGCUGCUCCGCCAGUUCCCGGGGGCAUAAAGGCCCCGUCUGGGCUUGCGCCUCCUGUACCAUCGCCAGCCGCCGCCAACAGAUUACGAAGCAACAGUGAAGGAGUAUCGGGGGCAGAUGGAGGCGCAGGGUCACCAGCAGCUCAACUAGGCGGUCUUUUCGCUGGUGGUAUGCCAAAAUUGCGCAGCCGUGGGGGAAUUGAUACUGGCGCCAAUCGAUCCGACUCGGCAUACAAAUCCGACUCGGAAAGCACGCGAGCACCCUUUGCUACACCUCCUAAACAUCUGACUGCCCCGAAACUUCCUGGAGCGCGUCCACCCCCUCCACCACCUUCUACAGAAUCUCCGAUCAAUCCGUUGGUCGCUAGCUUGAAGAAACCUCCCCCACGACCUGCCGCCAGGCCGUCGUCCACCAUCUCUGCAGCAUCUUCAAGAACAGCCCCCGAGGCUCCUCCCCCACGAGCUCCUCCACCACCUCCUGGAGGAAUUAGAGCCCCGCCGGCACCACCGCCUCCUGCAUCUCGAAAGCCUUCUGGUCCACCGCCGCCUCCUCCGGCUUCAUCAAGCCCGGCACCUCCUCCACCUCCCCCAUCUGCUCCUGCUGCUGGUCGCGCUCCUCCCCCGCCACCAUCAGCGCCUGGGCGACCUACCCCUCCUCCACCUCCCGGCUCUGCACCAUCGAUUGCUGCUCAAGCCGCUCGCACUGCCCUGGGCGGUCCCAGUCCUCCAUCCGCUCCCCCACCUCCACCCUCAGGUGCCCCUGCAGCUCCGCCUCCGCCUCCGCCUGUCUCACCUCCAGCUGCGCCUUCAUUUGAAGCUCCAUCUCGACCGUCACCUAUUUCCUCACGCCCGGUUUCCCACGAACCGCAAGCUGCACUGGAUCCCAGUGCCUAUACUUUGACCAAUGGUGGAUCUUCUCCUGCUUAUAACUCGCGAACUUCUUCGACACAUGGCUCGGCCCAAAUAGAAGAUCCUCGAUUCAAAUUCCAGAGUGAUGGAUUGCUCUCCAAACCCCGACCAUUCAGUGGUGGGGAGCGGAGAUACCGUGCUGGCCGAGGCAGCAGUGUGCCUUUGGAUCUAAAAGCAUUGAGCGGCUGA